AUGAUGCCUGUCACAGUCUCAGUGAUGAUUCCAUUGUUUUUGAAAUUAUUUCCAGGACAAUUCUAUGUGAUAGGACCCAGAGAACCAGUCAUUGGCUUGGUUGGGGAAGAGGCUGUGUUGUCCUGUCAGCUCAGCCCAUCAAUGGAUGCUCAGAACAUGGAAGUGAAGUGGUAUCGUAAUGAUCCUUUUGGCCUGGUGCAUCAUUAUAGUACUUCCCAGGUUGAUAUGGAGCAGCAGAGGCCAGAAUACCAAGGGAGAACAGAAUUCCUGAAGGGGAAUAUUACCAAAGGGCAUGUUGCCUUAAGGAUACAUCCCAUCCAACUUUCAGAUGGAGGGGAGUAUGCAUGUUUCUUUGAAAGCUCCACAUACUACAAUGAUGCAACAUUCCAAGUGUUGGUCACAGUCUCAGGUAGGGCUCCUCAUAUCCACAUUGAGCCUGGAAAUAAAAAGGACUUUAAAGUGACCUGCAUGUCCACGGGGUGGUAUCCAGAGCCUGAGGUGCAAUGGAGGAACCAUCAAGGACUGCAUCUGGCACCAGGCUCUGAGACAAAGACAAUGGAAGGAAGUGGAUUGUUUCAUGUGGAAUCAUCUAUCACAGUGGACAAAAGUUCAAGAGCAGAAGUGUCCUGUGUUGUAAGGAACACAAUACUCAGUGUUGAGAAGGAAGUGCAUGUUUCCUUGGCAGGUAAACGUCAGGAAGAACAUGGUACACUUCAGCAUGAACGUG